CCCACUGAUGCCCUUCCACAGAGUUCAAGCUCUCUAUAUGUUUCCUUUCCUGAUACCCAGUGAUGGAAAACAGAAGCAGCAGGAUCAAUGACCUGCUCAUACAUGCCCUCAACAACCUCUCUCAGGAAGAGUUCAAAGGAUUUAAAGACAAAUUAUCACACUCUGACUUUGAGGGGAAAGGUAACAUCCCCCGAGGUCGGCUGGAGAAUGCUGAUGCAAUAGAUACGAAGAACCUCCUGAUGGCAUUCUAUGGUGGAGAUGCUGCAGUAGAUGUGACCAUAGAAGUUUUCAAUCAGAUCAAUCUCAGAGAAGCUGCUGCUAACCUCAGAGAAGGAAGAGAGAAUGCUUUAUGUCCUAAACAAACACCUGGACGACCAGAUUACAGGGUGAAAUAUAGAGAACACAUACAAAACAAGUACAGAGUAAUAAAAGACUUGAACUCUCGGCUUGGUGAGAACGUGACUCUAAACAGCAGAUACACAAAGCUGAUUAUUGUAAAGAAACAUUGUCACAAAAAGGAAAGAGAACAUGAAAUAAUGACCUUGGGAUGGAGACAUGAAGAAAUAAUGACUAAGCGAGCUAGUUCUAUCACCCUGCGUAAUUUAUUUAAAUGUUCUGAAGAUGGACAAACACCACAAAUUGUUGUGCUGUUAGGAGCUGCAGGGAUUGGAAAAACCAUGACAGCAAGAAAGAUUAUGUUUGACUGGGCAGCUGGAGAGCUCUAUAAGGAAAAGUUUGAUUAUGCUUUCUACAUAAAUUGUAGGGAAGUGAACUUUGGCAGUGAGGAAGGAAGAAUUGCUGAUUUAAUUUUAAAGAAUUGUCCUAAUAAAAAUGCACCAGUUGAAGAGAUUUUGAUAAAUCCAGAGAAACUCCUGUUUAUAAUUGAUGGUUUUGAUGAACUGAGAUUUUCCUUGGAUCAGCCAGAAGACAAUCUGUGCUCUGAUCCCUGUGACAAGCAGCCAAUGGAAAUUACAUUGAGCAGUUUAGUUCGGAAAACUGUUCUUCUUGAAUCCUAUGUAAUAAUCACUACAAGACCAACUGCUCUGGAGAAACUCAGACAGUGUUUGGAAUGUGCACGUUAUGCAGAGAUCUUGGGGUUUUCUGCAGCUGAGAGGGAGGAAUAUUUCCACAAGUUUUUUGGGAAUGAAGAAAAAGCAAGAAAAGCCUUUAACUUUGUCAAAGAAAAUGAAAUGCUCUUCACCUUAUGCUUUGUCCCCAUUGCGUGUUGGAUCAUUUGCACAGUUCUGAAACAACAGAUGGAAGCAGGUGAAGAUCUUGCACAAACAUCCAAAACAAUCACUGGUGUAUAUAUGCUCUAUCUUUUCAGUUUAUUAAAGGGUCACAGCAGCAAUUCAAAGAAGCACACACCAGCUAACUUGAAGGGACUUUGCUCCUUGGCUGCAGAUGGAAUUUGGAAGCAGAAAAUACUCUUUGGGGAAGAAGAUGUCAAGAAGCACGGCUUAGAUAUAUCUGACUCUCUCUUUCUGAAUGAGAACAUGUUUCAAAAAGAUAUUGACUGUGAGUGUGUCUACAGCUUCAUUCACUUGAGUUUUCAAGAGUUUUUUGCAGCUUUGUUUUAUGUGUUGGAGAAAGAAGAAACAACAACCGUGGAAGAUUCAGAAACUGCUAUGAACAAUGUGAAAAAAUUGUUAGAAAAUUAUGGAAAAUCUAGAAAUUACUUAAUGUUAACAGUGCGAUUCCUGUUUGGUCUCUUAAAUGAAGAGAGAAUGGAGGAGAUGGAGAAAAAACUUAGCUGCAAAAUUUCACCCAAAAUUAAACCAGAUUUACUGCAGUGGGUUAAAACAAAGCCAAAAAUAUCGUCCUUGUCCCUGGAGUCUGAGGAGCUCUUUUUGGAGCCUGAUGAGGAGUUGUCAUCCUUUAAACGUAACGCUGAGAUGAUUUACCAGCUUGAAGAGUUUCACUGUUUGUAUGAAAUUCAAGAAGAGAGUUUUGUGCAAAGUGCACUCAAUCGCUUCACUGAGCUAUAUUUAGCUGAAUAUAAUUUUACCAAAAUGGAUCAAGUGGCUCUUUCAUUCUGUCUAAAAAACUGUCGGAAGCUGGAGACGCUCUAUCUAAAUCUGUGCACGUUCGGAUUUGAAGACCCAAAUGAAGAUUCCCUACGGCCACCCAAGCAGCCACGUUUGGAAGGGCAUCAGGAUGAGCCGACAUGUUCGCCUAUUUACCUGCUCUGUCAAGCAUUGAAGGAUCCAAACUGUAAAUUAAAGAAACUAAAGCUUACUAAUGGCAAUCUCACCGACGCUUGUUAUAGGGAUCUCUCUUCUACUCUCAGUACCAAACAGACCCUGACUGAGCUGGACCUGUCAAUGAACAACCUGAGAGACUCCAGAGUGAGGCUGCUGUGUGAGGGACUGAACCAUCCAACCUGCAAACUGCAGAAACUGGGGCUUUCUAACUGCCAUCUCACGGCCGUGUGUGGUGGGGAUCUCUCCUCUCUUCUCAGCACCAAACCCACCCUGACAGAGCUGGAUAUAGGGGAGAACAACCUGGGGGAUUCAGGUGUGCAGCUGCUGUGUGAGGGACUGAAACAUCCACACAGCAAACUGCAGAAGCUGCGGUUGAUGAAUUGUGGUCUUACAGCCGGUUCCUGUGGGAAUCUCUCCUCUGUUCUCAGGGCCAAACCGACCCUGACUGAGUUGGAUCUUGCGCUGAACAACCUAGGAGAGGCAGGAGGAAUGAAGCAGCUGUGUGAGGGUCUGAAACAUCCUGACUGCAAACUGCAGAAACUGAGGUUGAUGGGUUGCCAGCUCACAGCUGCUUGUUGUGAGGAUCUCUCCUCUGUUCUCAGUAUCAACCAGACUCUGACCGAGUUGGAGCUGAGGGGGAACCUCCUUAGAGAUUCAGGCGUGCAGCUGCUGUGCGAGGGACUGAAGCACGCAAACUGCAAACUGCAGAAACUGGGAUUGAAGAAUUUCCUUCUCACGGAUGCUUGCUGUGAGGAUCUUGCGGCUGUUCUCAGCAUCAGUGACAGCCUGACAGAGCUGGAGCUGGGUAUUGACUAUCUCAGAGAUUCUGGAGUGCAGUUGCUGUGCGAGGGACUGAAACACCCGAACUGCAAACUGCAGAAACUGGGGUUGUGGGGUUGUGAUCUCACAGCUGAUUGUUGUGGGGAUCUCUCCUCUGCUCUCAGCACUAGCCAGUACUUGACAGAGCUGGAACUGGGGUAUAAUGAACUUGGAGAUGCCGGAGUGCAGCUGCUGUGUGAGGGAGUGAAACAUCCAAACUGUAAACUUCAGAAACUAGGGUUGGAGCAUUGCAGUCUAACUGCUGCUUGUUGUGGUGAUCUCUCCUCUGCGCUAAGCAUGAACCAGCACCUGACCGAGCUAGAUAUUGGGAGAAACAAACUGGGAGAUCCAGGAGUGCAGCUGUUGUGUCAAGGACUGAAACAUCUCAACUGCAAACUACACAAAAUAAGCUUGGGCUAUCAGAGUGUAACUGAAGAAACACAGGCAGAGCUGGAUGCUGUGAAAGACACAAAGCCUCAUCUGGUCAUAGAGAUAUGGUAGGGCUAGUGAGCGGGAGCCACUGAACCAGCAAGGCUCUGUCCUGGCUGCCCUGCCACUAGCUUAGGAAGCAGGCUGUGGGGAGGGGGAACCCUGCCCCUUUUAAGGGGGACCGCAUCAACAUAUUUCAGUAUCUAUGGUAGGGGGCUGAGUAGAUUGUCAGGCCCAGCCCUCCUGCCUGAGGGUGAGAGGCUCAGGAGUAGGAGCUGGAUUUGCUACAUGCUUGGUGUGACCUUGGAGGGGGUAGUUGGUUUGUGGGGGGAGGGAGGAUGCAGUUCAGGGCCCAAACGAGGGAUGUGGGAUCAUGGAAGAUCUGGUAACCUCCCCUUUCAGUCUCUCUACGCGAAGGAUGGAGAUGUGACGGGUUGGAUCACAGAAACCCCCCUGGGAGCUGCCACCCGAUGUGCAAAGACUACCCCUGCUUCUGCUUUCCCUGCCAGCUCAGGACUCCAGCACCCUGUCUUGCUGAGCCAGCCACUCCUGUCUGGCUCCAGACACAGAUCCAGGGUCUGAAUCACCUGUCCCAAAGCUGCAAGUUUACCUGAAAACAGCUCACAGUAGUGCGCUUGUCUUUAGCACUCAGAUGCCCAACUCCCAAUGGGGUCUAAACCCAGAUAAAUCCGUUUUACCCUGCAUAAAGCUUAUGCAGGGCAAACUCAUAAAUUGUUCGCCCUCUAUAACACUGAUAGAGAGAUAUGCACAGUUGUUUGCUCCCCCAGGUAUUAAUACAUACUCUGAGUGAAUUACUAAAUAAAAAGUGAUUUUAUUAAAUACAGACAGUAGGAUUUAAGUGGUUCAAAGUAGUAACAGACAGAACAAAGUAAGUCACCAAGCAAAAUAAAAUAAAAUGCGCAAAGCUAUGCCUAAUCAAACUAAAUACAGAUAAUCUCACCCUCAGAGAUGCUUCAGUAAGUUUUUCUCAGACUGGACAUCUUCCAGGCCUGGGCACAAUUCUUUCCCCUGGUACAGCUCUUGUUGCAGCUCAGGUGGUAGCGAGGGGAUUCUUCAUGAUGGCUCCUCUCCCUCUCUGUUCUCCUCCACCCCUUUAUAUAUCUUUUGCAUAAGGCGGGAACUCUUUGUCUCUCUGGUUUUCCACCCCCCCCUCACUGGAAAAGCACCAGGUUAAAGAUGGAUUCCAGUUCAGGUGACAUGAUCACAUGUCACUGCAAGACUUCAUUACUCACUUGCCAGCACACACAUAUACAGGAAGACUCACAGGUAAAUACAGCCAUCUGCAGACAAUGGGAGUCAUCAAGAUUCCAAACCAUCAUUAAUGGUCCACACUUUACACAAUUACAAUAGGCCCUCAGAGUUACAUUUUAUAUUUCUAGUUUUGGAUACAAGAGUGGUACAUUUAUACAAAUCAGAUGAUCAUACUCAGUAGAUUAUAAGCUUUGUAAUGAUACCUUACAAGAGACCCUUUGCAUGAGGCAUAUCCCAGUUACGUUACAUCCACUUAUUACCGUAUUUUCUCUAAAACUAUCUCAGUUACAUUAUAUUGACUUAUUAUCAAGUUUUUAUAAAACCAUAUAGACUGCACAACGUCACAGGAGACUCAAGAACCAUCCUCGGAUCUAGAGGGGAAUUGUCACUCUGUUACAACAGAUCAGUCACUGUUGUUUGUGUAUUUAUAAUAGUAUUGUAGUUUUACACAAUUCCACAGCAACUAAGAUGGCAUUUUCCACAUUACAUCUCCCAGCAUUUGUUCGUCCCUGAUGUAUGUUUCUGUGUCA